UUCUCUGCCAGCACCGUCUUGGCUAUUUGCUUCUGCCCUGCUAAAACACACACAAGCAUUUCAUCCCCAACGCUACUCAGUGGGAUUUGGGACACAGCUGGGACAUCACCAAGAGGGACGCUCAGCUCAGAGGAGGUCUCAGGAAGAUGCCAGAGAUGCUGCCCCAUAGAAGUGCCCUUCUGGCUCUGCUCUUGAUCGCUGCCAUUCUGCCACUUACAUGCUCCUAUGUUCUUAUUCAUCACACUAGCUCAGGAGGGCAAUGCCAAGAGUCUUGUGAGUAUCGUGGUUACAGUUACACCUGGUGCAAGCAGCUAGGAGGCAAGAAGGCGGCCUGGGAUUACUGCUCCUCAGAACCAGGUUUGGAGGCCUCUGGAAAACGUUGUGCAACUCCCUGCACGCUCUGGGGUGCUUCUUACCAUAGCUGCUAUUUGCAGGAUGGUAAAUGGGGCUACUGUGGACUAAUUACCAGAUGGGAUCACGCCAAAUAUUCUCAAGAGAACAAGCUGUGUAUCAGCCAGUGCCGAGCAACCCGGGGAACUUUCCAGUGCAAUACACUUGACGGCAUUGAACCCUGCGCCCCCUUCCCUGAUGUGACCACAAGAGGCCUUCCCUGCCACAACAACUACCGAUGUGCCCGUUAUGGGCACAGUGAAUACCGGUGCCACACUGACAAAGAAGAAGACAGCUGGGCAUACUGUGGGAGAAGGAGCCUGGAUGAAUGUGUGUGGAUUGCCCACCAGACCAAUGCUACCCAGGCAGAGUUCUGCAUCCUUAGCUAUGCCCAAGGAGGAGGAGACAAUAUCACUUUCCGCCGAGAGAGGCAAGACAACUUGAUCCAUCCUGCCAAAGAGCAGUUCCAAAAUGCUACCUACCUUAUUGAUAGCAUUACCUCCAGCAUCAGCAUCCCUGACUCUUGGGCCCUGGGCUCAGUGCGUCUACACAAGCAGGAAGAAAUCUUCUGUAAGGGCAUCAACUAUACCAACCUGGUGCUGCAAAUAAGCAAAUCCACCGACUCUUAUUUGCCCAUCGCUCGGGUCCUCUUCCCAAAGACCCUGGAUGCUGAUGAGUUCCUGCGCUUAGCACUGUACACUAGUCUCCACAGUGCCUUUUACCCACCUGCUUACGCCAUUGUUGUAUCUCUUAGUGAACCAAUGUGAACAUUGUGGGGGGGAAGGGAGGAGAAUGGGGCAGUG